CGGGCGCUGUGGGACCUGUGGGAGCUGCAGUCCUGCGCUCUGUGGGAGCGGGGUCCCCGCUGGGCGUGGCGGGGUCCCGGGGAUGGCAGGGCCGGCCCCUCUCCUGUCCUUAGCCCGGCCUAAUCCCCGCAGCGGGGCGGGCACGGUCCGACAGCCAAAUCCCGGUCAGCUGAGGAGCUCAGGGGGACUCGGGGAGGUGGCGAGCGGAGCUGGAGCUGCGGGCGGCAGGAGGGAGAGAUGGCGCCCCGGCAUACGUUUAUUAAAUUUUGCAAAGGAAAUCUAACUCAGGCCAUGCUCAGAAUGGAGCACCAGCCCCUGCUCAGAGGCUCUAGCUCGCCCUGCAAGCUCCCCAGCUGGACGUUGUUCCUGGCUGUUUGUGCUGUUGGAAUUGGAGGCACCUUUCAGUAUGGGUAUAAUGUCUCUAUUAUAAAUGCACCCACACAGCAUAUACACAAGUUCUUAAACGAGACCUGGAGUAGUCGUUACCAGAAGGAGCUAAAUCCAGAUUUGCUGACUUUUCUUUGGUCUGUCAUUGCUUCUAUCUUUUCCCUUGGAGGCCUGUGUGGAGCCCUGAUUGGAGGCAGCAUGGCCAUACGCCUGGGCAGGAAAGGAGCUCUUUUGAUGAAUAAUAUUAUAGCAAUACUAGCCUCCAUUUUAAUGGGGAUCAGUUUUCCUACAGGAUUGUUUGAGUUACUGAUUGCUGGAAGGUUUUUGAUUGGCAUAAAUUCAGGUAUUGGGCUCUGUGUGCAGCCUCUUUACAUUGGGGAGUUUGCUCCAAAACACCUAAGAGGUGGCUUGGCCAUGGGAACUUCCAUCUUUCUGACUGGGGGGAUUCUGACAGGACAAAUAAUUGGUUUGAGAGAAUUAUUGGGUGGAGAAAAGCAUUGGCCUGUGUUGCUAUCCAGCAGCUGUAUUCCAGCAUUAGCCCAACUGUUAUUCCUUCCAUGGUUUCCUGAAAGUCCCAGAUAUCUUCUUAUUGACAGGGGUGAUGAGUUGAGCUGUGCCAAAGCUUUGAAACGAUUUCAUGGUUCCUCUGAGUAUCGAAGGGAGAUGGAAGACAUCCAGAGGGAAUGUUUUGCCUUAGGUGGGGAGAAACCCAAGAAGCCCUGGCAGUUAUUCACUGACCGUGCUGUGAGAUGGCAGCUCAUCACUGUCAUCGUGAUGACAAUGGGCCAACAGCUCAGUGGCAUUAAUGCUAUUUAUUUCUAUGCAACUUAUGUUUUUGAACAAGCUGGAAUCGUGGCAGAAAAAAUCCCGUAUGUGACACUCGGCACUGGAGUUUGUGAAUGUAUCACAGCCCUCUCCUGUGGUUUGCUGAUAGACCAUGUGGGAAGAAGAUGCCUUAUCAUUGGGGGCUAUCUCCUCAUGACGCUGUGGUGCACUGUUCUGACCUUCUCUCUGACUUAUCAGGAGCUGUACUCCUGGGUGCCUUACCUGAGCAUGACGUGUGUAUUUGCCUUCAUCUUGAGCUUUGGGCUGGGCCCAGGUGGCAUAACAAACACCAUUACAGCUGAGUUAUUUGUACAGUCCUCACGUCCUGCUGCCUACAUGAUCGCAGGGACUGUGAGCUGGAUUAGUUUCUUCACAGUUGGAAUGCUCUUUCCCUUCAUAGUGAAUGGACUGAAGCAGUAUUGUUUUGUGGUGUUCUUACUGGAGUGCUUCUUUGUUGCUGCUUUCAUCUUCCUCGUAAUUCCUGAGACAAAGAACAAAUCUUUUCUGGAAAUCAAAAAGGAAUUUCACAAGCUUAAUUUUGGAAGACAUGCCAGGAAAAAGGAAACGGAGAUUUAUGAAAGAAGGCAACUUCAAGAUGAAUUUUUAAAGAUUUCUGCAUAAUUUCACAAAUGCAAUAGAACUUCAGUGAGAAUUAUGAACCUAGUUUUCUAAAUUAGGAGUGUAAUACAGAUCAAGUGGCUUAUUAAAUCUUCCUGUGUAUUUAGAGGAAGUGUAGCUAAAGGCAAGUUAAUACUGCUGAACUGCUGAAAUACUAACAACAUAUUGUAUUAUCUACAGAAAACUUGAUGUUUAGCUGCCAUCUGGUGCUGUAGGGAUGCAGAAGUGCCAGGGAGGAUGUUCAGUGAGCCCCUCUGGCAGAUAAUUCAGUGACUCUGAUAUCUAAUUUCUGCAGGUAAUUCAGUGACUCUUGCAUUUCAAAGCCCUGUCUUCAGUUUGGGUCAUUGGGUGUAUCCAAAUGCUUUGCUGAAUCUAACAUUCUGAGUCCUUGUUAAAACCCACACAAAAACUGAGAACUGAUAUUUGAAAUAGUCUAGAUUAUGUAGAAAUAGGGGUAUUUAGUUUAUGUUUUUCCAGUUAUGUAACUUUGAAAGCCUUAAAGACAUUCCUCAUGCAGUCCUACUACAACAAAAGUACAGCAACUCUCUGAGUUACUGGUAUUUCUAAUAAAAACUUGUAUCCUGAUAAAA